UAUCAGCUGAUUGCUGCCAUCUCCCUCCUCUCGAUCCAACAGCGGCACUCCAUUCGACGCAGUAAGCCGCGCACUCAUCGUGGCACUGAUCAGAGCGCGCGAGUGAGCGCUCCUGCUAGAUAGAUAAUAGUAUCGCUCGCGUUGUCUUUUCGCAUUGUCAACAAAGUAUCCGACGCGUCGGGACGAGAGGAAGUGUCAUCGGUUCGCGGCACCACCGUUGCUCUCAUGGCAGAUCAUGAAAUCGUUCAGGCAAAAAGCUGUCAAGUGGAAACUGCGCACCGAAUAUAUUGAGAAAAUAAUCCCUUGUCACACAGCAGCAGCUGGCUCUGGGGAUGGUUUAGCUGGUCUAUGGCAUCUUCGACCAUGUUACGUGCGGCGGAAAAGAAAAUUCUCUCAUGCCUAAAGACGGCAUACAGAGGAUGGUAUGUUGAUAUUGGACCAGUAGUAGGUACAGCUGACAAAAUAUGGACCAUUUCAUUAAACGAAGAGUCGUCAAAAACCCCGAUUGUUCUGUUGCACGGUUUAGCAUCUGGUGUAGCAUUGUGGUGUAUGAAUUUGGAUGCGCUAGCAAUUCAUAGGCCAGUAUAUGCCAUAGAUAUACUAGGAUUUGGCAGAAGCAGUAGACCUACUUUUAGCAAUAAAGCGCAAGAAGCUGAAAAUCAACUUGUGCUUUCUGUGGAGGAAUGGAGAAGAGAGAUGCAACUAGAAAAAUUUAUAUUACUGGGCCACUCGAUGGGUGGCUUUCUUGCUGCAUCUUAUGCUAUGCAGUAUCCUCAAAGAGUUAAACAUCUCAUAUUGGCCGACCCAUGGGGUUUUCCUGAGAAACCACCCGAUGCUGCUGCACGUGUGCAUAUACCAUUUUGGGUGAAAGCUAUAGCAUUUGCGGUACAACCUUUAAAUCCUUUAUGGGCAGUUAGAUUUGCUGGACCAUUUGGACAAUGGCUCAUUGAAAAAACAAGACCGGAUAUAGUAAAGAAGUUCUCUCCCUUAUUAGACGAUACUACUGUGAUUUCGCAAUAUAUUCAUCAAUGCAACGCACAGACACCAUCCGGAGAAGGCGCAUUUCACGCUAUGAUGCGAAGUUUCGGAUGGGCCAAAAAUCCUAUCGUCAAACGGAUGGAUAAUUUAAGCAAUGAUAUACCCAUUACUUUACUUUACGGAAGUAGAUCGUGGGUUGACAAUACAACCGGCGAGACAAUUAAGGAAGCUCGGCCGUCGUCGUACGUUAACGUUCAGGUAAUUACUGGUGCUGGUCAUCAUGUGUACGCGGACAAAAGUGAAACCUUUAAUAAAUAUGUAUCGGAAGCGUGUGCACUAAGUGACUUGAUGCCUCAAUUAACGUCGUCGAAUUCACAUUCAUACCCGAAAGUCAUAAAUGAUCAAGAAAUUAUAACUCUCAACGAAACACUUGAAACACAAAGGCUACAAGAACAAGAUCUAGAAACUUCUAGACCAAGAUCUAGUUGAAAUCUAGCGUAAUAUAUUUUUAUAAAACAGGUUGUGAUUCUGUUGGCUGGUACAAAAAGUGACAUACCUUACGUACGUACGAUAACAUAGUCGAGAAUUUCGCGCAAUAUACUAAAUAUGUGUAGGGAUACGCGUUUUUAAUUCUGCGUUUCUACCACAACGCAAUAAGAUAUUAUAUAAUCUAAUAACAUGACGGGCACUGGUUUUAUGUGAUAAUUGAUUGUAGAUAAAUGCACCAGAGAACUUGCAAAAAUUGAUUUUAUUUCUUCAAAUCAUGGAAAUUAUAACGAUGUAUCACUGCAAAUGCGCGAAAAGUAGUUAGAGUAAUAGGAUAUGAUCUUGCCAUAAUCGUAACUCAUUUGUAUCCUAUAUAAUUAACGAUUAAUACACAGGAUAUCUGUGAUGCAAAGCUAUUAUGCAGCGCAUGUACACGUGUGGACGUACGCAUUGCAUCAGACACCUUGUACAAUCGGCUAAGAAAUGAAAGCCAAAAAAAUCAAGAGCUUUUACCAAGUGCAAAGUAAUUAUAUGAUAGUUUGUAUAUUAUAUGUACAGUUUUAAUUUUAUUAAUACAAAUUAUAUUGAUGGUCAGAAACUAGUGAUUGUACAAUGUUUUUGUUAAUAAUUGAUUAUGUCACACGUAUUCAUUCGCGACGCGCGCACAUGCACGAUGCAAGAACUUGUGUAUAUUGCUUCAAUAUAGUUCACUAAUAAUAAAUUAUUUAUUAUACGUAUAUAAAAAAUCAGUUUUUUUAGUAUUAUAUUUA